AUGGUGAUGGGAUACAGAAUAGUGACAAGGUUAGGGAUAGUGAUGGGGGACAGGGUAAGGGAUAGUGAUCGGAUGCAGGAUAGUGACAGGUUUAGGGAUAGUGAUGGGGUACAGGAUAGUGACAGGGAAAGUGAUAGCGAUGGAAUGCAGGAUGCUGACAAGUUUAGGGAUAGUGAUGGGGUACAGGAUAGUGACAGGGAAAGUGAUAGUGAUGGGAUACAGGAUAGUUACAGGUUUAGGGAUAGUGAUGGGAUGCAGGAUAGUGACAGGGAAAGUGAUAGCGAUGGAAUGCAGGAUGCUGACAAGUUUAGGGAUAGUGAUGGGGUACAGGAUAGUGACAGGGAAAGUGAUAGUGAUGGGAUACAGGAUAGUGACAGGGAAAGUGAUAGCGAUGGAAUGCAGGAUAGUGACAGAUUUAGGGAUAUUGAUGGGAUGCAGGGUAGUGACAGGGAAAGUGAUGGAAUGCAUGAUAGUUACAGGUUUAGGGAUAGUGAUGGGAUGCAGGAUAGGGACAGAUUUAGGGAUAGUGAUGGGAUGCAGGAUAGUGACAGGGAAAGUGAUAGCGAUGGAAUGCAGGAUGCUGACAGGUUUAGGGAUAGUGAUGGGAUGCAGGAUAGUGACAGGGAAAGUGAUAGCGAUGGAAUGCAGGAUGCUGACAAGUUUAGGGAUAUUGAUGGGAUGCAGGGUAGUGACAGGGAAAGUGAUGGAAUGCAUGAUAGUUACAGGUUUAGGGAUAGUGAUGGGAUGCAGGAUAGGGACAGAUUUAGGGAUAGUGAUGGGAUGCAGGAUAGUGACAGGGAAAGUGAUAGUGAUGGGGUACAGGAUAGUGACAGGGUAAGGGAUAGUGAUAGGAUACAGAAUAAUGACAAGGGAAGGAAUAGUGAUGUGAUAUUGGACAAUGACAGGGCUCUCAGCCCAAAUUAUGUACAGGCUCUCAGCCAUACAUUACAUACAAAAGAUGACUCUCAGCCAACUCAACAGAAAUCAGGCUCUCAGCCGUAA